CGGACGAAGCUCACCUAUAUAUUCGUCGCGUUUACCCCCUGGAGCCGCUAUAGAGCGCAGCAAGUGGCCGUCGACGCACGAUAUCAUAAGCUCGCACGGACACUAUACACCGUACUUAGCCCGUCUGUAUAUAUUAUAAUAUAAAUAAUAUAUAACACACGAAAUCGGCAUUUUGACACUCGUUGCUGCUGCUGCUGCUGCUUGUCCAGGAUCCAGAGACCUGCCCCGUCGAUAGUGUUUUUUUGAUUCCAAUCGCCAGUGGUACACACGCGGGUCAAAUCGCGGAAACGAUUCACACACGACUUCGAAUUAUUUCUCCCAACAACGACAAGAUGAAGCUUUCUGCGGUCUUUUCUGCUUUUUUAUGUCUUUCAAUUACAUCUUUCGGCAAUUCCGCCUUGAUCUUGCCUCACGGUAACGCGCUAAACACCGACGUACUCUCGCAAGCGGAGUACGUGGAGGCUCUGGCUAAGGAGCUUGAAAAAGAGGGAUUGAAAAGUCAAAGGGGUAAUAGACAUGGAUCAAAAAGUAUCGAGACAAGCGGUUUCAACCAUGCAGCUGGUUUUGGUGGACAGAGGAGCCGACUGGCGGACGAGGGAUUCUCCGAGAGCGUCAUCUAUCCGGCCGAACUGGCGCGGCUGAACGGCAAUCCGGAGAAGCGGCACUUCGACGAGAUCGACCGCAACGACUUCAACACGUUCAAGCGCAACAUCGACGAGAUCGAUCGGACGGCCUUCAACGCCUUCAAGCGCAACCUCGACGAGAUCGACCGCACGGGCUUCAACGCGUUCAAGCGCAACUUCGACGAGAUCGAUCGGGCCGGCUUCGGCGGAUUCGCCGACAAGCGCAACAUCGACGAGAUCGAUCGGGCCGGCUUCGGCGGCUUCAAUCGCAAGCGCAACUUCGACGAGAUCGACCGCAGCGGCGUGCCCGGAUUCGCCAAGAGGUCCGCCCCGAGGAGCAGCAGUCCCAACAACAAUAACAAGCUCCGUCGCUGAAAAGCUCCGACGACGGAAAUAAAAUAAGCUCGAAUUCUUUCCUCCCCCGGUUAAUGCUGUAUAUAUACAAACCUUUCGCGGGACGCAUACACCUGACUCAUUAAAUUCAGCUCCGUAUACAACGCGGCCUAUCCUUACGAUUACGAUCUAUAUAAUACUCGAUGUGUACAACCGCAACUACUUUUUGCAUGAUUAUCGUCUUCAAGUAUUAAUCUAAAGUAUUAAUCCAACGACUGAUUACGGAAUAGUAGUAUCGCAUAAUGAUUUUACUUUUAUUAUAUCCCCCUUUUAAAUCAUAUAAGUCUGAGCGCUGAGAAAGUUGGAUGUGGUUAUUCAAAUCCCGAAGAACAAGUAACAAUUAUUUCGAUGCAUAUUGACCAGUUGGAUCUAAAAUUUGAGCUUGCUAUCCGCUCAAGUUGGUGACAUUUUUUUCAUAAACAAAUAAACUGCUCGUAUGACCAUAGCUUUUAUAAAAAAGAUUGAAAAUAUAUUUAAACAAUUUUAUUUACAAAUCAUUUUAUUCUUUGUGAAGAAACGUAAAAGAGUGAAUUUUUAGAAGUGAAAAUCCAUUUAUUUAGAAAAAAGUUAUGGACAAUGUUGAAAUAACUAAACAAACUUAAGAAAACAACACAACUGCAAAAAAUUUUGAAAUUUAAACUGAAAGGUAUCUAAAAUAUUUGUCAAUAUAUUGCCAAUGGUGUACAAGCUAUAACCAUACAAAAAAUUGAUUGGUUCAUGAUAAAUUUCUCCCCAACCCGAGUAAUUUUUAAGUUGAAAAUUUUAAUUUAACAGGUAUAAAUACAUCGAUUAAGCUACUUGUUCGGUGGUAUCUUAAAAUAACCCCGAAACCCCGUCGGUUCCUAGGCUUUAUCGCUAAUCUUACAUUGAUCAAUUUGGGGUGAAAAUUGAAAUUGAAAUUGUACUUGCAAAUCCAGUUUUGUGACUGUAGUUGCGCGUAUUUCUCCUUUAUCGACUUAUUUUUUUUAUCUAUAUCUGCAUAAAUUUACUUAUAUAAAAUACGAAAGUGUACUACAUGUAUUUCGUUAAAUUUUUUGCCCAUGACAAAUAUUUUGUCAACUAAGAUGUAAGCAUAUAAAUGUAUAAAGUAGAAACGGAUUGAAGAUUGUUGCAAAAAUGAGAUUCACGAUUAGAUGACCGAAAUUUGGAUUCGUUUCUACUAGAGCGACUCAUCAGUCAGUGUGCAAAGCCUAAAAAAAUCUACUUUAAUGAUUCAAAUAAAACUUAAAUAAUUUAAAAUAAAAGUCUGAACCACUAUAGUACAAGUGCAUGCGUAAAUGCAAUUCAAUUUAAAGAUUCUCUACAUAAAUUAACUCAUUUUUUAUUUUCUCCUGCAUAUUGAGCUAAAUUGAUAUAUUUUUUUAAACAUUACCCAAAAUUUUCACGAAGUACGUAUUAAUAUUGUCAAUACGCUCGUCAAAGGAUAUUUUAUAUUCAAUAUUAUCCUCGUUGUUAGUGUAUUUGUACAUAAUAUACAUUAUUCAAUGUUGAAUAUUGGCCAGAUGUAAACAGUACUAUAUGUUAAUCAUACUCAUUGAUAGACGAAAUGUCGAUAUAUUACAUAGCCUACACGUACGACAUUGCAAAAAUCUCACAAUAAUACAUGCGAGGCUUAUUCUAUUUACGAUAUUCUCAUGUUUGCAAUACUUGAAAAUUUAUGCUAUGGAAUGCUGUAACUUAAUUAUUAAGUUUUAUAGAUGUAUAUUUUGAUUGUUAUCGAUACGAAAACUACGUUGUGCUGCGCGUGCGACUAACUCAUAAAAUUUUUUAAUUUACUUCAAUGCUCGUUAAUUGAUGAACAUUACUUUUAAAAAACGUAUUCUUAUUUUUAAGCAAAAGAGAUUUUUUCAAACUUAUUCAUGAUAACUUGUUGCUCGAACUAAAUGGGACCUAUUUUUGUUGUAUUUAAUAAAAUUAAUAAUUGAGAAAAAUACUAUACUGCAUAGAGCAGUAUGAGAAUUCACGUUAAAAAUAUCUAUGUGUCACGAAAAUUGUUAAUGAUAAAAUAAAAUCUUAUAAAGUUAAA